AUGAGCUUUCACUGUCGCUUAGCCCAACAAAGCUUUCACAUCCAGAAAAUGGCUUCACCUAAAUCACAGGACAGGUGGCAAACAAAAGCAGCUUCGGUCUUGGAAAGAAGUAAACACAUGUUCAAAAAUCCUCUUCUCAGUGACAUCAAAUUUACCUUCCCGAGCGUCAAUAGCGAAGCACCGAUCUCAGUGAUUCCUGCUCAUAAGUAUGUACUUGCUGUUAGCAGCCCAGUCUUCUUUACAAAGUUUUACGGCGAUCUGGCUGAAAGCGGCGAUAGUGUAGACAUCACUGACUGUGAUCCAGACGUGUUUCUUCACUUCCUACGUUUCAUCUAUUGCGAUGAAGCGAGUUUCGAAGACAUCGAGUGCGCCAUUAAAGUAUGGCGUCUUGCUGAUAUGUACGACCUUCCCUCGCUUGCAAGAGAGUGCGUCAAGUAUUUAGACGGAAACAUGGAGCCACUGGACGCCUUCGAUGUCUUAACUUAUGCUCGCCAAUUCAACAAUGAAGAAAUGGAAAAGGCUUGCUGGGAGGUUAUCGAUUAUAACGCGGAAGUAAUCGUUGCUGAUGAGUCGUUUCUGGAUGUCAAACAGGAGCUCUUACUCUCGUUUGUCGAACGAUCAUCUGCGCGUAUCCAGGAGACAACUUUAUUUCAGGCCUUGGAUGGUUGGGCUGCAAAGAGAUGUGAAGAGGCAAGUAUUGCUGUGAACGGAGAAAACAAACGGCGCUUCAUGGGUGAAGAUCUCUUAAAGCAAUUUCGAUUUUCUUUGAUGUCGCCAACUGAGUUUUCAGAUGUAGUUAUGCCCACAGAUAUUUUGUUCUUAACUGAGGUUGUCGAUGUUUUUAAACAGUUUACGUCCGUUUCCAUCCCUGGAGGAUUCAAGUUCUCGUUGUCUCCAAGGAAAACAGUUGCCGAACCUCUUUCUUCGUUUAACACAGGCGAAGUUCAGGUUCCUGAUCAGGAGGCCAGUGUGGCAACGUCUGAUGUGUCUGAUAAGACAGGACUGUUCACAUUUGCAGUAAAAAGGGACAUAACCUUGAGAGGUGUAGUGAUUGUUACUGAUAAAGAUCACGAAUCCUGUCAAGUCAGUCUAUCAAUCACUGAAAAGGGCAAAAAGGUAAAGCAAAUUAAGAGUAAGACUUUUAUGCGAAAAGAGACCAUCGACUCCGACAGCCAUGGGGAAGUUAAUGUCUUCUUCAACAGGCCGUUGAAUUUAAAGAAAAAUACUUGCUACAGUAUUGAAACUGAAACAGAUACCACAAAUAACCGCAAUUGUGGCGUUGUUCGCCCAAGAAAUAAGCCAAUAAAUUCCGCCAAGGCGACUGGGAGUAUAUGUGGAUCUACCGCCUCGUACACCGUCUCAAAAGUCGCGACUCAGUCCCAGAUUCUUCCUUGUUACCCGUUCGCCCCAACGAGUCAAGCGAGCAGCACGAAUCUAUUUGCCUGCGGCUCCUCACUGUUCUCCACAGGUGUUCCCACUUCUGGUGCUAAGGCCAUUAAUUCCUCUUCGUCGGAGAAGAUCGACAAAGUCAACGAAGUAUCUUGCUGUAGUUUUGGAAAAUGUCACUUAAAAUGCCCUGACCAUUCCGACUAUAGCGGUGAGAUAAUACAACUAUUGUUUGAGGGAUAA